AGGAAAGCGAAAGUAAAAGGAGCGGAGGAGGAGAAACGAAACUCUCUUUCUGACUGAAGGAGGAGACAAUUUGCGUUCACGGUCUCCACUGCGAGAGACAAGAGAUUGCGGCUGUGAGCACUGACGUCUGUGGAAGUAAUGGCAACUUCAAAUAUUGGUUUAUACAAAGCUGAGGAGCAACUCCAGCUAUAUGCAACUAAAGUUGGAAAGCUUUUGCGAUGGGAAUGCAAACAGGAUGGGCCCCCUCACGACAUUGUGUUCAUAUUCAGUGUAGUAAUUGGUGAAGAAACAUUCCCAGAAGCCAAGGGGAAAACCAAAAAGGAAGCUAAGCAAAAUGCUGCCAAACUUGCUGUAGAGAAACUGAACAUUGACAUGACUGUUCACAGUAGUCCUCGGGUAUCUCCAGCCAGCACGGGAAACUACAUCAGCAAGCUCAAUGAGUACGGGCAGAAGAAAGGCAUACAUCUCGAUUACAGGUUUACACAACCGGGCCCAGGCGUGGACCACGUACAAAAGUUUUCAUGCUACGUUAUCAUGGAUAAAAAGGAAUAUCCGUCAGGUUAUGGUCGAAACAAACAAGAGGCCAAGCACGAAGCAGCAAAACUCGCCUAUGAGGAAAUUUACGAACUUACAUCACUUUAUGAGAAUACUAGAAAACUCAAUGUUGAAGAUGGAGAACAACACAAGAGCACUGCAGAAGACUCCACUGACCAGAAUCUCAGAAGGUUCACAGAAGACCAAACUUGCGAAACGGAGAAGAGAGAUGAUGAGUCCAUAUCCACAGUCAGUAUGGAUCAGUCCUGUAGCUCGAAAAAUGCCAUUGGACAGUUGAACGAGUAUUGCCAAAAACGGAAUUGGUCCUGCAACGUUGUGGAAGUGGAUAAACAUGGGCCAUCUCACGCUCCAAAAUUUACUCUGAAAUUUGUAAUAAAUAACAUAUCUUUCCCAAGUGCUUCUGGAAAAAACAAACAGGAGGGCAAACAGAAAGCUGCCGAACUUGCUUUGAAUCAACUGCAGGAUGAAUCAAACAGUAUUUCACAAGACGAACUUUCACUGAAGAGGCAUUCUGAACAGUCAGAUGGUUCCAGCUUCAUCUUUUUCGAAGACUCCAAAUCAGCAACUCAUUCUCCUAAAGUGGAUACUACUACUGGAUCCAGAUCAAAACGCGUGAGGCCAUUAGCACCAAACUUUUCUCAUUUGGACACGAAAACGGAUGCCUCAUCUUCUCAGAAGAACAAUAACAAUGGACAAGAUCAAGACCUGGAAGUGAAAAUUGAUGGCUUUUCAGAGUUUGAAGAAAUCGGAAGUGGUGGUUUUGGCCAUGUUUACAAAGCUAAGAACAAUGUUGAUGGACGGUACUAUGCCAUCAAGGAAGUCUUAAUGAAGAAUGAGAAAACAAAACGUGAAGCUGAGUCCUUGGCAAAGACAGAACAUAAAAAUAUAGUUCGAUACCACAACUCCUGGAUUGGGAAAAGCUUCCAAAAAUACCGCUGGCUCAAGGAAUCUCUCUUUAUUCAAAUGGAGUUGUAUGAGAAGAACUUGAAAGAAUGGAUGCAAGAACCUCAAAAUAAUGAAUCCACUCAGAAUGGAGUUAUAAUGUCCAUUAUUCAUCAACUAUUGGAUGGAGUUAUUUACAUUCAUCAGAAUAACAUGAUUCAUCGGGACAUGAAGCCAGCAAAUAUCUUCCUUAAAGGAGAAAUCAUAAAGAUUGGUGACUUUGGUCUUGCUACGAUGAUGAAUGACCAGGAACCACUGACCAGAGACAUUGGGACACUUCCAUACAUGAGUCCAGAACAGAUUUCAGGCCAGGAUUACAACCACAAAGUUGACAUCUAUGCACUGGGCCUGAUAUUCUUUGAGCUUCUGUUCAUGUGUCAUGGGACUGCAAUGGAAAAAAACAAGAAUUGGCCCGAGAUUCGAAAAGGAAACUUCCCUUCGUCCUUUCCGAAGAACUGUGAAGUCAAGACUCUCUUAAUCCGAAAAAUGCUGUCUGACACUGCAAGUGAGAGACCAGAAGCAAAGGAUGUCAAGGAGAAUCUGGACCCUACAAAGCAAUCAAAAACCAUUUAAAGAAAUUUGAAAUGAGAGGACUUUUCCCAGACAACACUCUAGAAUUGAGAAAUCAACCGGUUGGCCACUGUUAGUCUUAAUGAUCAAAAUUCAAUUUAGCCAUCUUUGAAACUUACUUUUAAUACUAUCAGAACCCAUGGAAUGUUACAUUAUUUGCUAACUGGAUCACUGUAAGGAAUCUAGAUUUGAUCUAAUGUGGUGAGUGCUUGGUCAAACUACAUGGUCUUCUCUCAAUGUGCUUGGUCAGGUAUUUGUGGGGUUUCUUCAGAACCUUAAGAUGUCUCUUUAUAGCCAAUGAAGUACUUUUUGACUAAUGGUCACUGUUGUAAUGAAUGUGAUGACCAAUUUGCACGCAGUGAGAACCCAUGAACAGCAAUGUGGUAAUGACUAAAUCAGCUGUUUUGAUUGCUGCUGGAUGAGAGAUAAAUAUCAGCCAGUGCUAAGGCAUAUGUUCAGAUCUCCAUUUCCAGAAAUAUGCAGGCCAUAAGACACACGAGGAAGUACUUGAAAUUGCAAGAACACAAAGACCUCUAAAAAGUGAGAAACCUCAGGAAAAGUCAACGCCAUUAUUUCAGCCAUUUGAUCAGUGCUGAAAAGCUGCAGAGAUCUCUUUGUGAGGGUAAAGUGGAGGACAGCAGAGCAAAGGGUCAACCUCAGGAGUAACUGGUUGGUUGGGUGGUUGAAGUUGAGUUGCGGUGUAAGGACCGAAUAAGACAGGCAAGUGUGAGCUCCUGGUGAGGGCAGCUGCAAGCAACAGCACUAGCCAUGUUGUCCCUGUUAGCUUUGAACAUGUUUUCUCAGACUUUCAGAGGAGUUUCUUCACAAUACAGAGUGUGGAAAUUGGUCCUGUUCGUCAAUGUAUUGGUGUGAACUUGAAAUGCACAAACAGCCCUUCACUAGUGAGCCUCAACUGUAUAUCUCUGCUAGUGCUGGCCGUGGCUCAUGCAUGGCCUGAAUGCAUAGCCUUCUUUCCUCUCAGUCAGAUAUUACAGGGACUUGAGGACAAAUCAGUCUGUGCUGCUGGUGACAAAAGAGCAGCCAAAUGUGCUGGCUAACCCUGACCCCACAACCAACAUCACUAUAACAAAUGAUCUGUUUAUUAUCACUUGGUGGGAUCUUUCUGUGUCCAAAUAGUUCCUGCACUACAACAGUGACUGCAUUUCAAAACCUUUUGUUUACCUAUUCAAAGAACUCUGAUGUGAAAGACACUGUGUGAAUGUGCAUCCUCAUUUUUAAAGCAUGUUUUCUAUAUAAUUGUAAGGAAAGUUGACACUGGGAUUAAUUCACUAACAUGCACAGUAUCUAUAGCCAACAAAUAGAAACAUGGCAUGGAGAAUCAGAUAUCUCCUUCAUCAGACAGCCUGUCUGUGAUCUGCGCUUUUGUCUGAAGAGGAUUCAUGUUACUCCUCUUCACUCCAAGGUGGAGCCUCAUCCAUCUUUAGAAUUCUCUACCCCACAGUUUUGUGGAUGAACCAUUGUUGAGUAUAUUUAGAGCUAGGAUAGAGAAACUUCUGGCCUGUCAGAGAAGCAAGGGAUAUGCAAGGGGGCGUGCAAGUGGCUAGAAGGUCAGCCUUGAUUGUACUGAGUAAGGCAACAAGCUCAAGGGGUCCAUUGGACCACUUCCUUUAUUGUGUAGUGUGUCAGUGACAAAUGAACUUGAAUUAGUUUUGCAUGCUAUAUGAAAGCCAUAAUGUGAACAGUCUUCUCAAUCUUGUGAAUUUUAGAUGCAUGAAAAAUGUCUCAAGGUUUAGAAUCUCUUCCUUGCUUACAAAAGUCUCUACCUCUCCCCAUCUCUGUAACCUCCUCCAGCAUUAUAACUCUGCACUGUUCUCAUUCUGAGUUUAAUAUCUCCACCAUUGGUGGCCGUGCCUUCAGCUGCCUAUCCCCAGAGCUUUGGCAUUCCCUUGCUCACACUGUUCUGUCUCUUUUAAGGUAUUCCUGUUGACCAUGGAUUUUAGUAAAGCCUUUGACAAGGUUCCACAUGGUAGACUAAUUAGUAAAGUUAGAUCACGUGGGAUUCAGGGUGAGUUUGCCAAUUGGAUAUAGAAUUGACUUAAUGGCAGGAGGCAGAGAGCGAUGGUGGAGGGUUGUUUUUUUCGAUCGGAAGCCUGUUACCAGCAGUAUUCCACAGGGAUCAGUGCUGGAGCCACUUUUGUUUCUCAUUUGUACAAAUGAUUUAGAUGAAUAUAUAGAAGGCAUGGUUAGUAAGUUUGCAGAU